AGCGAUCACACGUUGGCAUCACAGCCACUCUGCAGUACACCUUGAUAGCUCCACCAUCUUGGCACAACCUCUGCUUGACCUCUUUUUUUUCCAGAAUGGAGAAUGUGUACGAGGACCCUGAUCUCAACACCUACCAGAACCAGUCGUCAGCCGUGUACGACGCACCCGACGUCUCAGACCUGACGGCUCACUACGACACCAUUGUGGAAGCUGCAGGGGAAAUACCUGACCCUCCUUCUCUCCCUCCACCUCACCCGCCAUCAGAGGAGAGGCGAGGGAGUUCCUCCUCUUCCUCGUCCUCCUCGUCCUCAUCCUCGUCCUCCUCGUCCUCACAUGCUGGAGAUGAAGAGGAACAGAAGACAGAGGAGAAAGAGGAAGUUGAAGAGCAAAGGAUAGAUGUGGAGGAGCGCAUCAGAGAGCUGAAUUGGGGGAGGGGUUCCCCAGAGGGGGUGUUGGAAAGGAAAGACUCCUCCUCUUCCUCGUCCUCUUCAUCGGCCUCUGAGAAGGAUGUACCUGAGGAAAAGGACACAGAUAAAGUCACGCUUUAUGUUAAGGCUGGAAUCGAUGGGGAGAGCAUUGGAAACUGCCCCUUCUCCCAGCGCCUUUUUAUGAUCCUCUGGCUGAAAGGUGUAGUCUUCAAUGUCACCACUGUGGACCUCAAGAGGAAACCUGCGGACCUUCACAACCUGGCUCCAGGGACCCAUCCACCUUUCCUCACCUUCCAAGGGGAAGUUCUCACUGAUGUCAACAAAAUCGAGGAGUACUUGGAGGACAGGCUGGCUCCACCAAAAUACCCCAAACUUGCAGCAAAGAACCGCGAAUCCAACACAGCUGGAAUCGACAUAUUUGCCAGGUUCUCGGCUUACGUCAAAAACACAAGGCCGGAUCAAAAUCGAGCACUAGAAAAGAGUCUAGAGAAGUCCCUGGCAAAGCUGGACGACUAUCUAAACGGUCCGCUGCCCGACGAGGUUCAGGACGGACAGCACAGAGGCGACGGAGUAUCCAACCGCAAAUACCUGGACGGAGACGAACUGACGCUGGCUGACUGCAAUCUCCUGCCCAAACUUCACGUUGUCAAGGUGGUUGCAAAGAAAUACAGAAACUAUGACCUCCCAUCUGAAUUCAGAGGGUUGUGGCGUUACCUUGGCAACGCCUACAGCCGCGACGAGUUCACCAACACAUGCGCAGCAGACAUGGAAAUUGAGCAAGCCUAUAAGGACGUAGCAAAGAGGUUGGGAAAAUGAAUGCCUCGAAUUAACACUCACUAUUAUCCCUAAUCUCCUUUUUAAUGCUAAUGUACUGAAUGUGUUUAAAUAAAAAAAACAUAGUUUUAAAGGGGAUGUUCUAAUUAUUAAAGACCUUGUAAUCAUGUAAUCACAACUUAGCAACAAAGUAACUGAGCAUGCUCAGAUUGGAGGGUGGGGUCAUGUUUUUAACUGCUUACCAUUAACGCAGGAGGUCAAUUCAAAAGAUAAUUGGGUUUAAAUGUGUUUUUCUGCUUUAAUUUAAGUUGCAAUCAUUUGAUGUCUGGCUAACGAGCUAACUGCUUAGUAACCUUGUUUUAAUGGCCGUGGAGCAAAUUGGUAAUUAUCUGUUCUAGGAUGUGGACAUAUUAGCAUGUUCCAUCUAGCACCUGGAGUUUUCAGUAUCUUUGUAGUAUUAUCCAUGUCGGCUCUAUGUAUGCCAAAUAGAUCAGUUAGCCCUCCCCUUCAAAUCCUUUCCUUUCCCAGUGUUAUAAGAUAAAUGUAUUUUUUUGGUAAUUUGAAAUAGUACAGGACAUAAGCUACACUGCCACAGGGGGCUGUGCUUGAACAUUACAUUUUUCCUUAUCAUACUUUAACACUGGGACGAACUAGCUAGCGCGGGGAAAUGCAGAAUUAGCCUGUUUCUUAUAGAAUUAUAUCCCAUAGUUUCAUAUCAAUUGAAUGUUUAAGAUCCCUUUUGCAGUAUUUGUGUUUUAGGUGAGUUGACUAAAAGCAUUAAAGUCAGCGAGAGAAAGCUUUUUCAAGAGCUGGCUAAUAAUAACGCUAGCUGCUAACUAGCCAAAUUUGCCAUUUAAAGCAACAAUAUGUAACUUUUCCAGCUUGAAUAGUACAACAACUUUAAACAGGGGAAAAGCGAGCGUCAGUGCCUUGUAGAGCGACAGAGAGGAAAAUAGAAAA